ACAGGUGAAUAUUAUAAAAAGAUAUAUGAACUUUCUAAAAGAUUAACAAAUUAUUUUAAUACAGAAGAAGGACAAAAAACUGUUCAUAAUAUAUCAUCUCAGUUACCAAAGGUACAUAAUUUUUUACCUAAUAAAAAAGGAGAACAAAAUCCAAAUAAUUUUACUGUUGCUAUUUGUACUGGUGGUGGACCAGGAUUUAUGGAAGCAGCUAAUAAAGGAAGUAAAGAAGCUAAUGGAAGAUCAUUGGGAUUUAUGAUUUCAUUACCUUUUGAAAAGGGAGCUAAUCAAUAUGUUGAUCGAAAUUUAUCUUUUAAAUUUCAUUAUUUUUUUACCAGAAAAUUUUGGUUAAUUUAUUUAUCGUUAGCAUUUAUUGUAUUGCCAGGAGGAUUUGGUACGUUAGAUGAAUUAAUGGAAAUAUUAACUUUAAAACAAUGUAAGAAAUUUAAAAGAAAUGUACCUAUUGUAUUAAUAGGAAAAGAUUUCUGGUCAGGCAUUUUGAAUUUUAAAAAAUUAGCUGAAUAUGGUCUUAUAUCUCCGGAUGAUUUAAAUGGUAUAUUUAUAACGGAUUGUAUUGAUGAAGCAUAUAAUCAUGUAAUUACCCAUUUAAAAAAACCUUGUUAUUUGGCUGAUGGUAAAUAA